AUAAAUAUCCUUUGGUGGAAAUUACUCUUGCCAGUAUGUAUCAUUCUGUGUCUGAAACUAGUCACCCUUUGCAAACAGAGGAACAAGAAAUAGGCAUUGAUCCCUUGCAGAGUUAUUUGAACAAACCAGAGGAAGGUGGAUCAAAUGAAAAUGGAAGCACACACCACACUUCAGAUUCUGCUGGAACAUUUAUUUCUUAUAGUAAAGAAUGGGAAGGACUAUUUGUAAACAACAAUUACUUGGCAACUAUACGGCUGAAGGGGAUUAAUGGGCAGCUGAGAAGCAGCAGGUUCCGUAGUGUUUGCUGGAAGUUAUUUCUGGAGGUUCUACCGCAAGACAGAAGUCAGUGGAUUAAAAACACUUCAGAGUUAAGAACUUCGUAUAAUAAAAUCAAAGAAAUUCACAUUACAAACCCUCGGAAAGCAGGACAGCAAGAUCUGAUAAUCAACAAUCCACUCUCUCAGGACGAGGGGAGUCUUUGGAAUAAAUUUUUCCAGGAUAAAGAGCUUCGAGCAAUGAUUGAACAAGAUGUGACAAGAACUUUUCCUGAAAUGCAGUAUUUCCAGCAAGAGAAUGUGAGGAAAAUUCUUACAGAUGUUCUGUUCUGCUAUGCCAGAGAAAAUGAGCAGUUGCUUUAUAAACAGGGUAUGCAUGAACUCUUAGCUCCCAUUGUUUUUAUUCUGCAUUGUGACCACCAAGCUUUUUCACAUGCCAGUGAAGCUGCACAACCAAGUGAGGAAAUGAAAGUCCUUUUGAAUCCUGAAUAUCUGGAACAUGAUGCCUAUGCAAUGUUCACACGUCUUAUGAAGACUGCAGAACAUUGGUUUUCAACUUUUGAACAUGACAGUCAGAAGGAGAAAGAUGUGAUGAUUACACCUAUGCCAUUUGCAAGGCCGCAAGACUUAGGCCCAUCUAUUGCUAUUGUAACUAAAGUAAACCAAAUUCAGGAUCAGCUGCUGAAGAAACAUGAUAUUGAGCUGUACAUGCAUCUGAACCGACUGGAAAUUGCUCCACAGAUUUAUGGACUGCGAUGGGUAAGGCUCCUCUUUGGACGUGAAUUCCCACUCCAGGACCUUCUUGUUGUGUGGGAUGCUCUAUUUGCUGACAGUAUCACCCUGAAUUUAGUUGACUACAUUUUUGUAGCCAUGUUGUUAUAUAUUAGAGAUGCCUUGAUAUCAAGUAAUUAUCAGACCUGUUUGGGACUUCUGAUGCAUUAUCCACCUAUUGGAGAUGUUCACUCCCUUAUCCUAAGAGCACUUUUCCUCCGAGAUCCAAAGAAAAAUCCAAGACCAGUGACUCACCAGUUCCAACAAAAUUUAGAUUAUUACAAAGCACGUGGAGCAGACUUGAUGAAUAAAACCCGCGCCAGUGCUAAGGCUGCUCCACUGAACAUCAACAAAGUCUCCAACAGCUUGCUGAAUUUUGGCCGAAAGCUGAUUGCUCCAGCUAUGGCUUCAGGUAGUGCUGUGGGCCCUCCAGCCAGUGGGGGCAGCUUUCCUGCACCUGCAGUGGCCAUCCGCAGCACAGCAGAAGCCCCCCAGUACCACCACCACCACCACCAGCAGCACCACCACCACCACCAGGCGCAGCAGCAGAGAAUGAUGAAAUCUGAAAGUAUGCCAGUUCAGCUGGGAAAAGGCCAGACUUCAAAAAACAUCAGUUCAUCUCCAAGCAUAGAGAGCUUGCCUGGAGGACGUGAAUUUACGGGAUCUCCACCUUUGUCUGCAUCAAAAAAGGAUUCAUUUUUCAGUACAAUCUCCCGUUCUCGUUCCCAAAGCAAGACUAUGAGCAGAAAAGAGUCUGAGGAGGAAUUGGAGGCCCAAAUUUCAUUUCUACAAGGACAGCUAAAUGACUUGGAAGCCAUGUGCAAAUAUUGUGCGAAGAUGAUGAACACACACCUUGGAAAUAUUCAGGAAGUCAUAUUACAAGAACACUUGGAAAAAGAAGAUGAAAUUCUGGUUUCCUUGGCUGGUUUGAAGCAGAUCAAAGAUAUUCUGAAAGGUUCCCUGCGUUUCAACCAGAGCCAGCUGGAAGCUGAAGAAAAUGAGCAAAUCACGAUAGCGGAUGAUCAUUACUGCUCCAACAGUCAGAACAAAGGGACUGGCGAUGUCCUAAAGGGACCUGUUAUGACAAAGCAACAGUUCAUCUCAGGACAACAGACUACAACUGAUGCGAGCACCAGUGAGAGUAAGAGCACCUAUGACUAUAUAAUAGUUUCUGAAGAAGAUGAAAGAAGCAGAAGUGCUGUCCCAGAGCCAGCGCAGUCCCUUCAGGCACACAAGGAAGCAGCAGUGAAGCCAGAAGCUCCGUCUCGUCCUUUGAUAUUCUCUGACCCGCUGAUGGGCUCCAUCUCAGCCUCCUCCAGCAACCUGAGUUCCAGCCCUGAUGACAACAGUAGUAAUAACAGCAAAGAUUCUGACUUUGCUAUUGUCAGCCCACUGGACAUCUAAUGGAAACUGGUUGGGAGAGGUUAGGAGGUCAGUUGGUAUACCUCAGCUCAACUUCCUAUGGUUCAACGGGCUGGAUGGUUCUUUGGAUUAGAAGGACAGAAAAUAGAUAAAGGUAACCCAUUUCAGCUGCCAAAAGCCUAGGUAAAAAGAAAUAAUACAAAUUUGGUUGCAAGUCUUCAAAAAUAAUAUACACCUUGUAAUGACUGCCUUAAAUAAAAAAAAACGGUAAAACCCAGUUCUAAUGUACAGUUAUUCUUAGUUAUAGAGUUAUCUUACUUAGGAGCUUUGUUACUAUAGAACUGCUUUCCCAAAAUAGAAUAGUAUGUGCUAGGUACCAUAAUGGAUUAGGAAAUGUUUAGAUUCUUGGCAUCAGACCUGACGUGGCAAAGACAAGCUAGAUUCAAUGUCAUCCUUUCAGAAAAUAUGCUAGACUGGGUUUUCUGAAUAGGCAAGAGUACUAUUUCUUCAGAGACUGUGACUAGAGAAGUAGAAAAUGUAUAUUAGAAAGAUUAAAAGCAUCAUCCUGCCACUAGGCUUGUUCCCAGUUGAGGAAUCCUAGUUUCUUUAUUUUCAUCCAACAGUAGCUUGAGAUUUGUUAAAUGCACAGGUUUGUGUAAUUGUUCUUCAGCACUAUGUUAAAGUCGAAUGUGUUACAAAUUCCUUGAGAACGGGGACCUAUACAGCAGAGCCUUAUUUUCCUUUGCCUACUUCUUUCCCCGUGAGAGUUCCCAGGUCACCUCUUUUCCUCUUUGUGUCUGUCUGCUUGUAUUCCCCUGGCAUGAAUUAAUUUUGAUGUUACUGAGAUUACGGCCAUCAAAGAUUAGGUGCAAGGGAAAUUACAGUAUUUCAUAGUGUAGACCUGAGCCAGAUGAACUAAAACCUAGCUUCAGUAUGGUAACUUGUCAGGGAAGGAUGCAAAGUGAUAUAAAAUGCUCAUAAUUAAAAGCACUUCAUAGCUCAUUAAUAUUAUUUUCUAUAGAUUAUGUUUACAUAUAUGGCUAUCUGAUUUUCACAUUUCUCGUCAGAAAAAAAGAAAACAAAAACACAUACUGGUGCAGCAGCGUUAACCAACAGGUUAAGUUUUAAAUUAACUGCAGAUCUUGUUCUUCAAUGAAAAACUGUAUUACUUUCCCAUCAAGUAUAUAGUGCCUCUGAUGAUAUUUAUUUCAAGUACAUAAGAUUUUUAUUUUUUUUUACCUACUGAUCCCCUUAAAUCCUUCUGGAAUUCACAAAAAAGAAGAUGGUAGUCAGAGGAAGCCUGCCUGUGCAGAACCUACACAAAAAUAACCCAAGGAAGCAGUGCUAGAAAGUUACUCUAUUUAUAACAAGAGCACAAGAAAUGCAUUAUUUAGUUUGAAGAUACAUAUACAGUAUACCAUGCAAGAAUUUUUUAAUUGCAUGUCAAAGCUAAUGUUAAUAUGGUCUUAAAAAUGGUAGUCAUUUGCUGAUUAGUCUGUAAUUGUCAAUGGAGUUAAGUACAGUAUUCCAAAGAUGAGGUGAUGUGGUUUGCUGGUUUUAGAUUUUACAAGGUCUGUGUCAGUGACUGAAACAAAGAGAUAACUGCCAUUAUCUCGUGUAAGUACGUGGCUGCUGCCGUAUCCUCACACGUUCAGAAACCACCAUGUAGUUCUUCUAAGAUUUUUUGUGCCUUGUAAAAUGAUUAAAUGCUGGAAUGUUAUGAGCAGGCAUAGCAUCGUGCAUCUUUGUGAGAGGCUGGUGUGAACAGUCAGAUGGCUUUGUUUAGAUGGACGAUCUUAAAUGCAUAAUAUUUCGGAGAGGUGUUUAUUGGGGGUUAGUUUUAAGCUUCAUAGAAAAUCACCUUGGAAUUCAACAUGCAUGCCUGUCUUCAGGUUUAUUUUAUUUCCCUGAGUUUGCAUGAAUGCCAGGGGAUUAGGUGGCUGUUGAUUUAUUUAGGUCUUUCAAGCUUUUCUAGCCUUAACCCAUUCAGCAAGGCUUGUGCCACACCACCAACAAAGGGGAAUCUGUUCAAGAGGUACCUAUGAAAAGAGGAAAGAAAUAUUUUGGGGACAGAGAGAAAAGUUUUUAUAUUCUGUGUUACAUAAGCCUUCAGAGAUUCCAAAACUUUGGCAGGGGAAAAUGUUUUUACUUUUUUUUAUUACUUUUUUUUUUAAGAAUCGUUCUUUUCAUUUCUGGUUGUUUGUUUCAGGGAUCACAUUGCUGUUUUCUUGAGCAGUCUCAUUGCCAAUGGAAGAGUGUGAUUUGUACAGUUCUUUUAUUUUUAUAAGUUAGUUACAUCUUCAGUAUUGCAUAUUUUAAAACAGCGCUGGAAGUAUAUAAAGAUUUUUGGAGUUUCUAACAAGUUUUCACUGAGCAGUGAAUACCAUUGAGCUGAAUGCCUGUCAUGCCAUGGGAUAUAGUAAGAUCCUCAGAAGCAGAGAGAUGAUUAUACAAGGAAGAUUAGAGCAAAUUCCAGUAAAUGAAUCUGCUUUGGUUAUACCAUGUCCUUGCACAUCACAAGUACGUUGUCUUUGAUACUUAACCAUAGUACAGAGAUAGUUAAAAUUUUAUGUAUUCGUUAAGUCAGAAGCCUGUAAGUUAGACAAAAUGUCAAAUCAUCACCCUGUCUUGCCUUAUAUUAAGAAUAUACUGAGAAAUAAGUUGUCAUUUAAAAUACAAAGUUAUUCUUUUUCCCCAGAAAUUACCUGCUUGUAAUGUUUGUGGAUACCAGUAAUCAGAAAAAACAUAUACAUUGCAAAUUUCUGAUGAAAACUAAUAUGGGUUUAAGAUAUGUAUCUGAGACUGUUGUACGGUAUCUCACAUCUGUAAUUUUUAUGAAUGUUUAAAGUCUCUUGCAUGUCAUGUCAGUUUAAUGUACUGCAGAAAGGCAGUAUGAUAUUUUGACUGGGUAUUCAUUUAGUUGUGGAGCUUUGUAUCUUUACUCUGGAAGAACAUCUAGCCCGCUUUAUUAAAGAAAGAGUUAACAAAUUUUCUGGGCUGUGCUUGUGCUGUUUUCCCAAAAAGGAGGAAAAGCUUUUUUACUGGAAUAUGGGAAGUAUGAUUUCUCAAGACAAGGGUUAUUAGAAACUUAAAACUAUCUCAUUAUCUAUAUAAGCAGAUAGAUUAUUAAUAUUUUAUUCAGAUUUUAUGUAUUUGAUACAGGGAAUCAAAUUGCUUGUCAUUUAUCUAACCCAAGCAACACAGAACAUUUCCUAUUUACCAUAUUUAUUGUAUCUGAAAAUAACAUACAAGAAUUUAAAAUUGUGUAACUUUUCUGCGUUUUCAUUAAACUUGGUACAGUUACAUUAUCUUGUCUCAGUCACAAUCUCAGUAUUUGUACAGUACUUUUCUGCAUCUCAAUACUUAAAUGGACAUUCUUAAAUGGCUCCUGUGAUUCUGCAGUGUGUUGUCCUCGUUAGAUGGCACUGAGGCAGCUAUUAUAAAGAUUAAAUUUCAGAUUAAAGGUCUUUAUGGUAUACUUGUGCUUGGCAGUUGCAGUGUCAUCUGUUCAAAUAGGGACGUAGCAAUCCUGACUUGAACAGAUUUCCACGUUCUGGGUCUCAGCCUUUAAAGAAUACUUUUGAUUUUGUGCUGUAUGUGUUGGUCUGGAAUGAAUGUAAUGGUUUAUUAGACUUGAAAAGGUGCAAUUUCAUAAAAUAAACUUCAUUUGGCUACAGAAUAGCAA